GUCAUGGCCUUUUAGACGCUGCUACAUCCUCAGGGCUUACCGAACUAUGUUUCACCUCGAGAUAAUAACUCUACAGGGAAACUAAUACCCUAUAUAAAGUGUAUGCCAUCGUCGUUUCAAGCACAUUCUCAACAAACGCUGCGAAGAGCUGUAGUUAGUUACUUUCCGUUGAACUCUGUGUGGAAAGCGAAAGAUGGGUAAACGCGUCCUAGUAGUCUUAGCGGCGUUGGUGGCGCUGGCGGCGGCGAAGCAGUUCGAGAAGUGCGAGCUGGUGCGCGAGCUGAGGAAGCAAGGCUUCCCCGAACCCCAGAUGAGAGACUGGGUGUGCCUGGUAGAGAAGGAGAGCGGCUUCCGCACUGACGCGAUCGGCAAGCUGAACGGAGACAGCUCCUGGGACCACGGGCUCUUCCAGGUCAACGACCGCUACUGGUGCACGCGCGACGGCCCGCCCGGCCUCGAGUGCAACGUCUCUUGCGCAGCGCUGCGCACGGACGACAUCACCGCGGCGGCGACCUGUGUGAAGAAGAUCUUCGCGCGCCACGGCUUCGGCGGCUGGACGGCCUGGAAGGCGCACUGCCAGGGCGACAAGCCCGACAUCUCCAAAUGCUAGAUCACCUAGAUGGCAUACGUUAAAUAAGA